AUGUCGACCGCGAGGAAUUUCUCAACCGCCCUUCGACGGGCUCGCAUUCCCAAGCCCCGUAGCACGGGACGUCCUAUUCUCACCGCCCGUGUCCCCUCGCUAGCGACAACGACGACUUCGACAACGCCGGCUCGGAGCUUCAGCAUCACCACCCCCGUCAAUGCGACCAAGGAGAUCAAAUACACCACCGAUGCCUACCCAAAUGUCAAGCGCAACCCGAACUUCGCCGAGAUUACCGAGCAAGAUGUGACUUUCUUCAAGGAGCUCCUGGGCGCACAGUCUGCCGUCGUUGACGGCGUCACUGCUGAUGCCGCCGACGACAUCGCGCCCUUCAACAGCGACUGGAUGCGCAAGUACCGUGGCCACACGCGGCUGGUUCUCAAGCCCCAGUCAACCGAGGAGGUCAGCAAGGUGCUGAAAUACUGCAAUGAGCGGAAAUUGGCCGUCGUCCCGCAGGGCGGCAACACGGGCCUGGUUGGUGGAUCGGUGCCUGUCUUCGACGAGAUUGUCAUCAACACCGGCCGCAUGAACACCAUCCACUCCUUCGACGAGGCCUCGGGCGUACUGGUCGCCGACGCCGGUGUCAUCCUUGAGGUGGCCGACCAGUAUCUCGCCGAGCGCGGCUACCUCUUCCCGCUGGACCUGGGCGCCAAGGGCUCGUGCCAUAUCGGCGGCAACGUCGCUACCAACGCCGGUGGUCUGCGUCUGCUGCGCUACGGCAGUCUCCACGGCACUGUGCUGGGCGUGGAGGCUGUUCUGCCGGACGGCACGGUGGUGGAUGCACUCUCGACCCUGCGCAAGAACAACACCGGCUACGACCUCAAGCAGCUGUUUAUCGGUGCCGAGGGGACCAUCGGCAUCGUGACGAAGGUGUCGAUCCUGUGUCCGCCGCGGCCGAAGGCCGUCAACGUUGCGUACUUUGGUCUGGAAAGCUACGAAAAUGUGCGCCGCGCCUUCCAGGAGGCCAAGGGCCAGCUGUCGGAGAUCCUGUCGGCGUUCGAGUUGAUGGACGGCCGCUCCCAGAAGCUGGUGCACGAGUCGACGGGCAACAAGUACCCGCUGGAGGGCGAGUACCCGUUCUACUGUCUCGUUGAGACCAGCGGGUCCAACGCCGACCACGACAUGGAGAAGCUGGAGGCGUUCCUGGAGCAUAUCAUGGGCGAGGGAAUCGUCGCGGAUGGCGUGCUGGCCCAGGACGAGACGCAGUUCCAGGGCAUCUGGCGCUGGCGCGAGGGCAUUACGGAGGCGCUGAGCCACCUAGGUGGCACCUACAAGUACGACGUGUCGAUUCCCCUGCCGGAGCUGUACCAGCUGGUGGAGGACUGCAAGGCGCGGUUGACGCAGAUGGGCUUUGUCGGCGACGAUGACUCAUUCCCGGUCCGGGCGGUGGUCGGCUACGGUCACAUGGGCGACUCGAACCUGCACCUGAACAUCGCGGUGCGGCAAUACAACAAGGAGGUCGAGGCGGCGAUCGAGCCCUGGGUGUAUGAGUGGAUCCAGCAGCGCCAGGGCAGCAUUAGUGCGGAGCACGGGCUCGGUCUGGCCAAGAAGGAAUUCAUCGGGUACAGCCAGAACGAGACGAUGGUGAAGCUGAUGAAGCAGCUGAAGAACUUGUAUGACCCGAACGGCAUUAUGAACCCGUACAAGUACAUUUAG